UCGAGAUCUCGCCUCGCUGCUCGGUAUCUCCGUUUCUCCGAUUCUCAGUUUUCUCGGUACUCAUUUCGCAAUUGCGUCGCGCUAAAAAUUGCGUUUAAUUAAAGUAUAAAGGCCAUUGUGGACAUAUAUUUUUGGCACUCACAUAUACAUAUUCAUAUUCAUCGUCGUAAUCAUAUUCGUUUUGUAAUAUUUACUAUGAGUCGUCAUAGUCCGUUGAAGCUGUCGCUGGUGCAGGUGCACGGUGUGCCACCCUGUGCCCCCUCACACCCCUCCGCUACGCCUCGUAGCGGUAUCAAGUUGGGCUUAGGUGUCAAUCAGCAGACGGGUCGCGUCCAAUGGUGUCCUGGUUUAACGUGCUGCAAAUUGCUUUUGCUGCUUCCAGUGGUUAUGCUGCCAUUGACAUUGGUCCUGCUGCUCCUAUUCCGACUCGAUGGCAUGUUGCAGGCGAUCCAGCUCAGCGAGGAGCAACAGCGACACCAACGAUCUGCUUCUGCCUCGCGGCCUGGCUAUCUGGAUGACUAUGAAACAUUGCUGCCGGAGGGUAACACCUAUAAUGAGCUGAUCAACGAUGAGUUUAUAUUGCCACAGGCCAAGCGUUCUCAGCUGGAAUUCUUGGCGGCGGAGCGGGCGAGACGCUGCCUCCCCUAUCGUUAUGGAAACGUAGAGACGCUCGAGCUGGAGGAUCGAAGCAUAUUGAUGAAGGAUGCGCGGACAUCGUUUCUACCCCAUGGCCAGCCGCGUGAAUGUUAUGGCAAUGAACUGGAUAUGCAGGAGACGGGCGAGGAGUUCGAGACGAGCCACAAAAAGGAUAUGCCCAAACGUUAUCCAGAUACGUAUCAAUUCUGGUCGCGACGUGGACGUCGCGAGGCACAGGAACAACUCAUUGAUGAGCUGGCACUUAUUGAGAACUCGCUGCCCUCCUUCUGGAAUGAGCAGGGAACGCGCGAGGACAUCCGUCAGGCUCAAUCGAAGACCAUGCAACGUUAUAUGAGUCCCCAGGUCGAUCCGUGUGUGGAUUUCUAUCAGUAUGCUUGUGGCAAUUGGGAGAAACUGCAUCCCAUACCCAAGGAUAAGGCUGGGUUCGAUACCUUCGAGAUGCUGCGCGAAAGUCUCGAUGUGGUGCUGCGCAAUCUGCUCGAGAAGAAUGAGGUACACGCCCAGCCCAGUACGGAGACGCGUGUGCGUCAAAACACCUUCAAGCUGAACGACCAACAGUCGGAAACGGAUCCGGCAACCGAACUAAAAGCCGAACGACUUCGUCGACAUAUUGUGGAACGAAGAGAUCUCCUUAAUCGUGUCCUGGUAAGGUAUAAACGCUUUUCAAAUGGCACCAAGAGGAAACGGCUCAUUGAGCAGACGCGCGAGAAAUCCAAAGAGGAGGAAGCCCCGCCAAUUACAUUCAAUAAAGAGAAGGAGCCCGACAAGCACAAGGAGGAUGCAAUUCAUACCAUUCAAUCCAGCAUCACCAGGGAGUAUCUCAAACCCAAAUACGAUGCUCAGGCAAAGGCCAAGAAUCUCUACAAAUCCUGUGUGAACAGUGAGCUCUUAACCCGUCGAGGAUUAGAACCGCUCCAUGCACUCAUCCGCCAGUUGGGUGGCUGGCCAGUCCUCGAUCACGAUUGGCAGGGCAGCCACUUCAAUUGGCAACAAUUGGCGGCCACGUUGCGUCGUUAUAACAACGACAUUCUGAUCGUUCAGUGGGUGGGCGCCGAUAUCAAGAACUCAGAGGAGAAUAUCAUUCAAUUUGAUCAAACUGGGUUGGGUUUGCCCACUCGCGAGUACUUCCUGCAGCAGAAUAAUGCCAAGUAUCUUCAUGCCUAUCAGCGCUACAUGUCCGAGGUAAUGAACAAAUUGGGCGCCAGCAAAACAGAUUCAUUGCGAGUCGCCACCGAACUGGUUGCCUUCGAGACGCGUCUGGCGGCGAUUACGGCGCCGGCGGAACAAAGACUCAACGUGACAAAGCUCUAUAAGCGAAUGUCGCUGCAGCAGUUGAAGGCAACUGUGCCACAAAUUGGUUGGACCACAUAUCUGAGCACGCUUCAAGGACGCACUGUGAACGAUACGGAACAGGUGGUCAUCUAUGCGGUGGAGUACAUGAAGCAGCUGGUGGCACUGCUGGCCUCAACGGAACCUCGAACAGUGGCCAACUACAUGAUGUGGCGCUUUGUGAGGCAUCGGAUUAACAACGUGGAUGAUCGAUUCGAUGAUAUCAAGCAAAACUUUUAUCAUUCCCUCUUUGGAAGGGAGGAGAGUCCACAGAGGUGGAAGGUAUGCAUUGCACAGGUGAACACCAAUAUGGGCAUGGCUGUGGGAUCGAUGUUUGUGAGUCGCUAUUUCGAUGACAAUAGCAAGCGGGAUACUUUAAGGAUGACCCAUGAGUUGCAGCAGGCAUUCAGGGAUAUAUUAAAGACCACAGACUGGCUGGAUCAACACACAAAACUGCUAGCCGAGGAGAAGGUAAAUGCGAUGUCCUUGAAAAUUGGCUAUCCGGACUUCAUACUCAAUGCCGAGGAAUUAAAUGAGAAAUAUGCUGGUAUUGACAUACAUCCGGAUACGUAUUUUGAGAACACACUGAAUGUCCUGCUGCACACGGCCAAGAUGGAACAGGCCAAGCUUCAUGAGCGUGUGAAUAAGACCAACUGGCAAACAGCGCCAGCCAUUGUGAAUGCUUAUUAUAGUCGCAAUAAGAAUCAGAUAAUGUUCCCCGCUGGCAUUCUCCAGCCACCAUUCUAUCAUCGCCAUUUCCCCAAGUCACUGAAUUUUGGCGGCAUCGGUGUCGUCAUUGGGCAUGAGCUAACCCAUGGCUUUGAUGAUAAGGGUCGCCUUUUCGACAGCAAUGGCAACAUUCACAAAUGGUGGACGGACGCCUCAAUUCGUGGAUUUGAUGACCGCGCCCGCUGCAUCAUUUCACAGUAUGGCAAUUACACCGUCGAGGAGGUGGGCAUCUCACUUAACGGCGAGAGCACGCAAGGCGAGAAUAUUGCGGAUAAUGGAGGCUUGCGGCAGGCUUUUCACGCCUACAUGCGCUGGGCAAAUGAGAAUCCCCACGAGGCAAGGGACGAGAUGCUACCAGGGCUGAAUAUGACCGGACCGCAGCUGUUCUUCUUGAAUUUUGGUCAGGUCUGGUGUGGAGCAAUGCGACCGGAGGCGAUAAGAAAUAAGCUCAAUACGGCCAUACACAGCCCGGGACGUUAUCGGGUGAUUGGUACCUUAUCCAAUUCCUACGAUUUUGCACGGGAAUUCAAUUGUGCGGCGGGCACACCAAUGAAUCCCCACAAGAAAUGCAGCGUUUGGUAGCAUUUGUUGUUGUUGCCCACCCUUUCCCCUAAGAGUAUUACAGACACAAUGAUGUAUUCCUAAAUACCAGUAUAUACCAGUUGGAUCCAACGCUAACUUACACUGUUAUUGCUGGGCCUAUUCACCAAAGUAGACUUGCCAUUCAACAUUAUGAAUUAACCGAAUAUACUCGCAGCUGUAUUUAUUCCCAUAUAUAAAAACAAAACUGUGCCAAAAAAAUAGUGUAUGAUAAUGUUUACUAUAUA